GGCAGGAGGCGGACUCCCUGCGUCGCACGGAUCGAACCAGGCGGGGCUGGGCCGCCCCCGCGACGCGGUGCGCAUGGGAGAGCCUGUGCGACCACGGGCUGUCACACCCUCCAGGUCACACACACAUUCCGGGCCGGUUUGGGGGCGACUUCGCAGACGAGCGCGCUGCCAGGACACCGCGGUCGGGUGCUUGGGAGGGGGCCCGGGCGGAGCGCAGGCCCCUCGGGCGCACGGGUUUGGGACGGGGGAGUGAUUCUGGAGCCACGGUCCUCCACCGACGCCGGGGGACGCGCCCGGGCGGCCAGGCUGCAGGCGCGCCGCCGAGUCCACGCGUGUGAACGCUUCGGCCCGACCCCCGUCCGUAAACGGGAGGAGAGCCAGCCGCGGUGGACCGCGGAGCGGGGCUGCGGCAAACCGUGGGGUGACUGCCAGGACUGCGCCAGCCGCAUCACCGGCCUCUCCCGAGCCAGUAAGCCUCUGGAAGCUCGGAGCUCCGUCUGCGCCGCGUUCCUGGGCCCUGCGGAACUCGCGGCGGUGCGGCUUUGCUCGCUCGCCUCCGCCCUCCCCCUCCGCGUGUGCGCGUGCGUGUGUGCGUGUGCGCGCUCUGAGACUCGUGGACGGGAAAUGCCCCGGCGCAGGUCAACGCGGCCCCAGCCGCCGGUUCUGAGCAGGAGCUUUAAUGCGCCGCGCCACCAGCCCACCUGCGUCUACGGACGUUCCCUGCCCCUGCUCAGUUGCGCCCCCGCCACCCGGUUCUGGUCUCUCAGCCGCGCCUCGGCGGCUUGCGAGGUUGCAGGGUUCCCCGGAGCGGUCCCAAGCCGCGUCGCGGUAACGGUCAGCGACACGGGAGCGCGGAGCGCGCGGUUUUCCCAAACCCCUGGGUCCCCCGUCAGCCGGAAAGUUCUGCGGCGGCAGAUAGCCCGGGGCCUGCAGGACGCCGGCCGGGCCGCGGGGCUCCCACCGCACCGACCCACAGCCCGCCCGGGGGCGCGGUCUCGCGCUCCAGAAAGCCCCGCGGCCGCAGCGGUCCUCCCGCAGGCAGCUUCCGGAAGGGGGCGGGGCCCGGCUUCCGGAGCUUUUCGGACGGGGGCGGAGCCUCCUGCCGAGGGCCGUUCGGGAGAAGGCGGGGCCUACCUCGCAUCAGGACCAGUCUGGCUGCACCUGCAUCCUUCGCUCAGAGCAUCCCCGAGCAUCCGAGGAGGCGGCCGCAGCUGGCAACCGGGGGCCCGACCGUCGCAGGAGGCGUCCGCCAGACACCCUUCCCUCUCCCCUGAGCUAGCGCUCUACAGCGGCGGCCUCGGUGCUGGCCGGGCGCCCCCAGACUUGCCCGACCCCUGA